CAACCAACCCUUCAGCUCAAUGGUUUCUCGCGUGUUGUUGGGCGGCCUUUUCAGGAACAGUAAGCGAUAAAUCUCCUAAUCCGCCAAAUUUGUGUAGUUUCCCGCUUUGGAAAUGUGUGCUCAAAGUGCUCAACCGUUUUGUCUGUGAAAAUUCCCCAUAAAUCCCGCAAUUUUCCUCCAUUUUUGCUGCAUUUUCGCCACCUGAACGUUUGCCGCAUUGAUUCCCAACUAACCUGUGUGUCGUUGUCCGCAAAAUCUAAUUUGAAGGACUUUAGGUGCUUUUCUGUGUGCCAGGACUCAUCACGUUUUGUAUUUACAUUCCUGAGCGGUAAAUCAGAUAAUUUUCGUGUGCUGUCGACGAAGCGAGUGAUAAAAGAUAAACAAAAUGUUGACUCUGCUAACGCUGAUUUCCCGAGCCAUAGCAACGAUGGUUAAGCACGGACCGCGUCCUCUAGUCAUCUGCGGGCCAUCAGGCUCUGGCAAAAGUACACUGCUGAAACGAUUGUUCGCAGAAUAUCCCGAGACUUUUGGCUUCAGCGUAUCGCACACAACACGCAAACCGCGUCCAGGCGAACAGGAUGGCGUCCAUUACAAUUACGUGACAAAGGAGGCAAUGGAGGAGGCAAUUAAACGUGGAGAAUUUUUGGAGACGGCAGUUUUCAGUGGAAAUAUUUAUGGGACAAGUAAACAUGCAGUACGGCAAGUGCAAGCACAGGGAAAAGUAUGUGUACUCGACAUCGAAAUGCAGGGUGUUGAACAAAUCCGAAAUUCUGACCUAAAUCCAAUUCUGGUCUUCAUAAACCCACCAUCAAUUGAGGAACUCGAACGACGGCUUCGUGGACGAGCAACCGAGACCGACGAAAGUCUAAAAAGCCGAUUGGAGACCGCGAAACAUGAGAUCCAAUACGGCAACAAACCAGGAAACUUCCACUGCGUUGUCCACAAUGAAACACUGAAGCAGGCGUACGAAGAGCUGAGAGACUUCAUUGAAACUGAACUGAAACGGGAAAAACAGGAAGGAGUCACAGUUAGCCUGAAACGAGUUCCAUUGCCUGAGGAUUUUUAAACGGAAAAAAUAGUCGAAAUGUAUCUGAAAGCUAUUCCUCGACACAAGGAAGCAUUCGGUCAGACUCAGGCUUUGAUUAGAAACUGUCUCAAAGAUAUACCAUUUGGAUUGCAGUUCUGGACCCUUUUUGGAAAUGAGUGGAGCUUAAAUCAACUAUCAAUCAGUCAUUUUUCGCAUUUAUCUUUUUAUCUUUGUAUUAUUACUUAAGUUUUAUUUGCUGGUACUUUGUAUCCUUCAGUUCCUUGCAGGCCAAUCUAUCAAAAGUACUCACAAAUGUAAUUGAUUGGGAAUAUUUUGCGAUCAAAACACAAUUGCAGAGCGGUGCCAAUGGGGUUAUAAAAUAUUUUUCAAAAUACAUUUCACUUGUUAGAAAAUGCACGAAACAUUGUUUUCGGUAGAAUUGGAAUUUCACGCUGAAAUGUUCUUUCUGCAUCCGAAGGGGGCGGUACAAUGUAUUCGUUUGAUAGAGGAUAAAGCCCUGUUUUGACCUACAGGCAAAUUUUUAGAGAUUAUCAAUAGCUUUAAAUGUAAGAGACUUAAAUCCCCCAACUAAACUCAAAUACCCAUCGUCCUUAGUGCGCUUUUUAGACAAGUACAGAAAACUUUUUGUGGCUUUUCCUAUCUGCUUCAAUUCGAUGUCACUUUUUAUGCCUCAGAAGUUAGUCAGGCUCGCCAAACAUACACACAUGAAUUUAAUAGAAAAAAGGACUCCUAAUCAGAUCAUAAUUGCGAUCACAAACCUAUGAUCAAACACUAAAACAAUAAAACAGACCAAGUUAACAGAGCUGCCAACAGAAAUAUCAAGAGAUUAUCUGAUCCUCAAAAACUUUGUAAUGCGAAUUUUAAACUAGUUUGGAAGAAAAUGAAUUUAUAAAUUUAACAAGAAGCAAUGGAUUUUAUUUUUAAAGAAUUUAUGGAUAUUGAACAUAGAAGUGUUCCCCUACUAGACAGCGAAAAUGUUGUGAUUAGUAAUUUGUGGUUUUCGUGUAAAAUUGUAAAAUUAGGCUUUAAAAUUGAAUUGAAAGGCGGAGUUUUAAUGCAUAUGCAUCACAUAGAUGUAUACCUAAUCUCAAAGUUGUUCUAGAAUAAAGUGAAGUAAAAUAAACGUGUCAACUCCAUGAUAGAAAAUAUCAA